AGUCAUCUUGGCCCGAGGGAACACAGGCAGGCGCCUCUUCGGGCUGCCUGGAAGAUGAAGGUGGUUCUCAUAGGAGACUCGAACGUCGGGAAGUCGGCGCUGGUGCACCGAUUUAUACCUGCUGGCCGAGUCCAAGGCCACGGUCGGCAUCGCCUUCUUCAAGCAGACACUGCGCGACGACGAGACUGGCGAGGAGUUCGCGAUGCAGAUUUGGGACACUGCCGGACAAGAGAAGUUCCAGUCCGUCACGACCCACCACUACCGGGCCGCGGACGGCGGCCUCCUCGUCUUCGACCUGGCCAGCGACGGAUCCUUCUCGAACGUCGACAAGUGGCUCGCGGAGCUUAGGGAAAACACUGACCCCAACGUGGUAGUGGCGUUGGUGGGCACAAAGGCAGACCUGCGAGACAGGCGAGAAGUUCCACUGGAGAGAGCCCAGGCAUAUGCCAAAGAUAACGGGCUUAUCUACAUGGAGACAUCGUCCUACUGGGACAAGCAACAGGACGGCAGUGUCCAGGACACCGUGGCAGGCGUCCAGCGCGUGUUUCUCAGGACGAUGCUCAGGGCCAUCGUGCACCAGCAGAGGAAGGGCGGCGGUGGCAGGAGCACCCGGCUGGACAUCUCCGGGUACGGGGAGAACGGCCGGGGGCAGGUCCGACUCGGAGCGGACCGUGGGCCGAGGCAGGGCGAGUGCGGCUGCUGACGAGGA